GAAAGAAAGAAGAGGUCUGGGUUUGACUCGGAGCCGAACCGCCGGUUCGUUGUUCAAAAUCAGGAACCAGACAACACCAGCAUAUUCUCUUUCUUUUUGCUCCAAGGGUUGCUCUCCGGUCGAUUCACGCCAUCUCUCUCUCUCUCGCUCGCUCUCGCUCUGCAACUCUUUGGUGCAGCUUUGCGCGCAGUUUCGGAAUCGUUCAUCGAUCGGUCGGAAAAAAUGCAUUCCAAUCACUUGCUGCUCGAGGAGCCGAUAAGAAUGGCCUCCAUUCUGGAGCCUUCGAAAGCCAGUUUCUUCCCUGCAAUGACGAAGAUUGUCGGGACUCUUGGGCCCAGGUCUCGAUCCGUUGAGGUCAUCUCCGGCUGCCUCCGAGCUGGAAUGUCCGUGGCUAGAUUCGACAUCUCGUGGGGGGCUCCGGAGUAUCACCAGGAGACUCUUGAGAACUUGAAGGUCGCCGUGAAGACAACUAAGAAGCUUUGUGCUGUUAUGCUAGACACAGUAGGUCCUGAAUUGCAGGUUGUCAACAGAUCUGAGAAAUCAAUUUCACUUCAGCUAGAUAGUGUAGUCAUUCUAACACCCGACAAAGGGCAGGAAGCCUCUUCUGAAGUGUUACCUAUCAACUUUUCUGGGUUAUCAAAGGCAGUGAAAAAGGGUGAUACCAUCUUUGUUGGUCAAUACCUGUUUACUGGAAGUGAGACUACUUCUGUUUGGCUGGAGGUUGAUGUCGUGAAAGGAGAAGAUGUGGUUUGUGUGAUAAAGAAUACUGCAACAUUGGCCGGCUCAUUGUUCACUCUCCAUGCCUCCCAAAUCCGGAUUGAGUUACCUACCCUCUCUGAAAAAGACAAGGAGGUCAUUAGUACAUGGGGUGUUAAAAACAAGAUAGAUUUCCUCUCACUGUCAUAUACUCGCCAUGCAGAAGAUGUUCGUGAAGCACGUGAAUUCCUAUCUAAGCUCGGUGAUCUCAGUCAGACCCAAAUUUUUGCAAAAAUUGAGAAUGUAGAGGGUUUGACCCACUUUGAUGAGAUCUUACAAGAAGCAGAUGGCAUUAUCCUUUCUCGUGGAAAUCUUGGCAUAGAUCUCCCAUCGGAGAAGGUGUUCUUGUUUCAAAAGGCUGCUGUUUACAAGUGCAACAUGGCUGGAAAACCUGCAGUUGUAACCCGUGUUGUGGAUAGCAUGACUGGAAAUCUUAGACCAACACGUGCAGAAGCAACUGACGUUGCCAAUGCUGUAUUGGAUGGAAGUGACGCAAUUCUUCUUGGUGCUGAGACUUUGCGGGGAUUGUACCCUGUUGAGACAAUCUCGAUUGUUGGUAAAAUUUGUGCUGAGGCAGAGAAGGUUUUCAACCAAGAUUUGUAUUUUAAGAAGACUGUCAAAUACGUUGGAGAACCAAUGACCCACUUGGAAUCAAUUGCUUCCUCCGCGGUGCGAGCUGCCAUUAAGGUGAAGGCAUCUGUUAUUAUUUGCUUCACUUCAUCCGGAAGGGCUGCAAGGUUAAUCGCAAAGUAUAGGCCAACAAUGCCUGUUAUAUCAGUUGUCAUUCCCCGUCUCAAAACAAAUCAACUAAAGUGGAGUUUCAGUGGUGCGUUUGAGGCAAGGCAGUCAUUGAUAGUCAGAGGUCUUUUCCCCAUGCUUGCUGAUCCUCGUCACCCUGCUGAGUCGACAAAUGCAACAAAUGAGUCAGUUUUGAAGGUUGCACUUGAUCAUGGAAAGGCCUCGGGAGUCGUAAAAUCACAUGACCGUGUUGUUAUAUGCCAGAAAGUUGGGGAUGCAUCUGUUAUCAAGAUCAUUGAGCUUGAAGAUUAGAAUACUUUGUUCGGGGCCACUUUUUCCACUGUUUGUGGAGGUGAUGAUUGUUUUUGUCAUCUCUUAUGGGAUGGAGAUCUGUAUGUUUGGGGUGCAUCUUAUUAUUUAACACAGUAUGCAUGCAGGCGGGGAGCUCCUGUCUAUUGGCAAUAAAGUGAUGGAAAUUAUGUUUUGCUUUUGAAUGCACCUA